CCAAGAAUUCACAUCAACGUGCGUGAUCGGGUGUAAUUUUAAAAAAGAAAAAAAUUAAACCGUAAGAUAACAAACAACUAAAUAAAAAAUAACCUCACGGGUGCAAUUUGCCAGUAACCAUAGCAACGCAGUCGAAGAGUAAAUCAAAGUCAGCACGGCUAGAUCCAAAGGAUCUCCGAAUAUUUUAUGCUGUGGUUGAUUCAGCAUUUACUUCUUUCGUCGACUCUAUCGUUAUUUAAAUUGGUGUUCAUUGGUGCAUGUUUUAAAGCGGAUGCAGACAAAUCCAUAACAUACAUUUCCCAGGUGACUUCACACUUCACCUCAGUGCACCUUUACGUCAGUUGGACAUAAAUCGGAGAGAGUUAACGUGACAUAUAACAAUAACAACGAUGUCUGCGCCACGAAACCGCUCGUCGUUGAUAAUAGAAGACGGAUGUUCAACGCGGGGCAUUUUGAUUUCUGAGAGCGAUGAAAGGUUUUUCCGAUCCCUGGAUGAAUUCAUCGAACAAGAGACACGGUUCCUGCGGAGUUCCGGAGAGGAACCGGACGGCCUCCGGUUCUCCAUCUACCGCUGCGUCUUCAAUAAGGUGAUUGGACGAGCGACGGCCUACAAGAGACUUCUUCUGACCAUAAAGGGCGAGUAUGACGACGUCAUCGGGGCGCUGCAGAGGAGGAGGGACGAGGCCGAGGCGGCUCAGAGAACUUUGGCGGCCUCCGUGUCACGCACCAAGUCCCUGAUGAGGUGCCAGAGACGAGCCGCCCACCUCAGGGAGAGAAUCUGUGUAAUUCAGAAGGAAACAGCAGAACUUCGAGAGGAGAUGAAGAGACAGAAAUCAUCUCAAGAGCAGAGCACAUGGAUACCUGGUCUGACUGUGGCCCAAUCAGCGGACCCGGAGGCUCUGGACGGACAGCUGAGGCGCCUGGAGUCCCAGAGGGCCGCUCUACUGGACGGGAAGGGUCACCGCGUCUCCCUGGAGGUCAAAGCCGAGCUGGACGCCGAGCUGCAGGGACUCGAGGACCGCAGAGACCAGCUGAGCACCAAGAACAACCAGCUCAAAGUCCUAUACAAGCGUCUGACGUUAGUGUCCGACCGUCUGUCCAGCCGGGGGGGCGAGAAUCAGCAGGUUCCUCUGGAGGAGCUCUUGGGUUCCACGCUGGAGGACAUCAGGCAGAGCAGCGUGACGGAGGAAGAAGGCCGCUUCAUCGACGCCAACUUGUUCGAGCACGAAGAGCCGACCGGAGUCGACGAGUCCAAACUCCUGGAGGAGUACCUGAACAGGUUCAUUGAGCUCUUUGAUUCGGCUCAGUACGAGGAGGCCGCUCUCCUCGCCGCUCGCUCCCCUCGAGGAGUGCUGAGGAACCUCGACGUCAUGGAGAUGUUUGAAGGUGUGAAGGGGCCCCCCGGCUGCGUCGCCCCUCUCUUCCUCUUCCUCCAGGCCCUGCUGGUGACCCUCCCUGCCGGCGAGAAGCUUCCGGCGGCUCUCUCCCUGCAGCUCGUCCACAGUUCCCUGCGGCAGGGCGCCACGCGGCUCAUCACCCACGCCGUCAACUACGACAGACUGACCCUCUGUGAGGAUCUGGGCGACGCCCUGACGGAGCACGCUCAGAGGAGCCCCGCCGUGGCCGACGUGUGUCUGGCGUUGGCCACCACCGUCUACGCGGCCUGCGGGCCGGACAGGAAGACCGCGCUGACCCUCUGCAGGAGGGGCUUCAUCCACGGCGCCGCAGAGUUCAUCGAUCACAGCCAGGACCUCACAGCUGAGGACUGCAUGUGGGUUCUGCGCCGCUCGCCCAGCCUCUGCCUCCUCCAGCUGUUGACAAGACCCCGGCAGGGCCGGGCGGCCAUCUUGUCGAUGGGCGCGGCCUGUUGCACUCUGCUGGCCGACCCUCGGCAGCGGCAGCUCGCUCUGCAGCUCCUGGACAGCUUCGUCAGCGGAGGGCGAGGGGGUUUGGAGGAGGUGAUCCUGCAGGACAGCAGCUCUUCAGCGGACGAUUGGGCUGUCGUGACGUCUCUGUGCACUGAGCUGAACCGGGCUGACCUGAGCCAGGCCGUUCGAUCCAUUCUGCUGGACCAGAGUGGCACCGGAGUUCUGAGCCCGGACCCGGAGGGAGCCCGGCUCAUGGAGCACGUCUUCCUGUGAGAACCGAGCCUGGAAGGCAGAAGAAUCACAGACGGCCAAAAGAUGAUGCCGGCUAUAAAAGUCAGCCAAUGACAAGGUUCUAUGUACAGUCUAUAUUUAACUAAACUAAAGUAAUUUCCUUCAUCACGGUCAUGUGAUCUCCUAAUCUAGGAGACCUUUGACCUUCGAUCUUCGCUUGGUUUCUGUGAGAUGACUCAGGUAAAAAUCCAAGGUAAUGGCGUCUGACGGCCAGCAGGAGGCGAACAGACUCACAAAGGGAGAUUAAAGUGGCCUUUAAGCUCUCACAGACAGAGGGGGAGCAGCAUUAUCUCAGUUUAAUUAUAUACACUGGUCAAUUUUCCUAGUGUUUGUACAAACGACCUUGAAAGCAGAGGUGAAACAAGGAAAUAUUUAAUCAUAUGGGGAAUCAUAAUUGGGAAAGAAGUGAUGACUGCCAUGAAAGUGAAAUAAUUCAUGGGCACUCUAAAAUUCCAACCAAAUCUACCUCCAUUAUGACAUAAAAAUGUCCAAAUAACAUUGUAAAAUUACAAAACCAAAAAUGUAUUGUUACGGGUUGGUGUUUCAUCUAUUGAUUUGAGUGAGGCAAGAGGUGAAAGGUCAACUAUACCUGUAGACCUCCUCCGCCUCUCUCUGGUGUCAGAGGACCGUAAAACACCUUUGACUUUGGCCGUGAGGUGGUGCAACAGCCACGAUCACCCUUUAUUCUCAUAACUAGAACAAACAUUUAACCCUUGAUCUCAGCAACACAACCCGUUUAUCUCUAAUCUGAACCAAUAUGUCCCUCAUCACAAUUGCAGCGGGUCGCGAGUCCUCACAAGUCCAACUAACCUGACAACACGCACCGUUUAGCCGGUCAGACAGAGGAGGCCUUGUGUCGCCCGCAGGCCUCGGUCUGUGAAUGAAGCUCCACACAGACUGAGAUAACACACUCCCACUGGUCUGUAAACUGAGGCCGACUGUCCUCGAGGUCCAGUUUCCAAUAUUUUCCAAUACAAAGAGGUGUGUUUCAAAGAGGAGAAAGAUUUUCAAAAGGAAUGUGUACAUGAAGAGCAGAAGAAGGACGAGAGAUGCAAAGAUUUAGUGCUGACUCACAACUGCUUGGCUCCAUUUACAACACAUUGAUCCCCUGCUGUGUGUGUGUGUGUGUGUGUGUGUGUGUGUGUGGCACAAUGACACAGCUUCUUUGAUUUUCAAACCCCUCCUUCCUUCCCUCUUGGAUGAAAAAGGAUACGCUCCCAACCGUGUGUGUUAAUGUUACAUCUUUGUGAUGAGCUGAAGGAUGAAAUGUUCCUCUAAAUAGUCCCACUUCUAUCAGUAAAUAAACUCGCAUCAUCUGGAAAAUGCUGUCACAAAGCUGUUUUCCAGGGUUUAUGAAAAGUAGAUUUAUUGUUUUCUUAAUUUGUGGUUAUUUGAACCUUCCUACAAAUGUACUCAUUAAUUAGGCUACACUCAUCAUCAUCAUCAUCAUCAUCAUCAUCAUCAUCAUCAUCAUCAUCAUGCCUCAACACACCUCUGAAAUAUUUCCCAACAAUCGACUCUACAGUAUUAUACAGUAUUUUUCACCAAAAACCACACCUUUAAUCUAUGGAAAUAUGAACCGAAAUCAACUCACACAACUGAUUCACAUUCAUGAUGUAAUUCUCUCCAUCAGGAUAUUAUGUGUGUGUUUUACUCGGGGAUCAGUAGAAAAUAGUGUAAAAUGCUGUGUAAUCCCCCCCCCUCCCCCAC